AGUAAUUAAAAUUAAUUAUUUUCCAAAUGAUUUCAUUAAAACUUGCCAAAUUUGGUUUUAUUUUACUUUCUGUGAUUUUGUAUAUAAAAGCAUAUUCAAUUUUAAAAGAUAAACAUAAUCAGUUUAAUAAGUUACUACAGUAUUCAGGAUGGAGAAAUUUAAAUGAAUUGAUCUUUAUAAAACAUACCAGUAAAAUGUAUUAUCUUCAAAAUUUGAUUAAAACAACCAAAGAUCGUAAUAAAAGUAAGCAAAAAAUACGAUGUUUAACAGUAUAUCUUGGAUGCACAUACGCAAAUGUUAUUAAUAAUCUUUUUUCAAUUAUUAGCAAUAUGAUACAAAUUUGUCAAAAAAAAAUGAAUGAAGAAAACGAUUUAAUUAAUGGUUGCCUUUUCACCGAAGAACUCAUAAAUAUAAUAUCCUUAUUAAUUGUUCCACUAGCAACAUUGAUGAAAAGAGCCAUGGAUGAUUUGGAUUUAUUACAUAUUAAACCCUUGGCAUUACAAAUAAGGACCUACAUGAUAAGUCCUCAUUUAGGGAAAAUUGAAAAUGAACUUGGUGAUUUAACCGAACAAAUUCUAUCACGUAAUGAUAUUUCUUCAUACAUUUGGAUAUUAAACACUCUAGAUAAAUUUUUGAAAAACAUAAUGAUAGAUAUAAAUUAUGACACUAGUAAAUAUUGUAAAUUUGUACCAUUUGAUACGAAUUAUUUAUGGAAUGAAUGGAAUCAAGAGUACAAAACCGUUAUAGAUCAAGGCUUUAAAUUAAUAUUUUUCAAAUUUUUAACCAAAAAAAUGAAGAAUUAUAUCCAGACAGUAAUUAUACAAAAGUAUUUUCAACUCGGAUUUAAAUUUGAUCCAAUAACCGAAGAAACGUUUGUACCAACACCAAAGGAGUUAAUUAAAUUAGAAUUGGAAUUUAAAGCAACAGACGAAGAGCCUCCAAUGCCAAUAUCAAUUGAAACUCAUUAAAUGUUAAUAAAAUUAAAUUUUGUUUUACAUUUAUGUUUUAUAAUUAACCACAAUUUCCAUAAUUAAUUUGUAAACUUUUGAAUAAUUAUUUUAUUAAAAUAAAAUAAAAUUAUAUGAUUUUA